AUGCGAGUGCUUCGGGCUCCAGUCAUGCAGGCGCGUUGCGAUUUUAUCCCUCACGCAAGGACUAAUGAGCUGCAGACUCCGGAGGAGGGGAAGGAAGGAAGAGCGAUUCUGAUUUGUUGUUGGUCUCAGGGCGAGGAUGUCUAUUGGUUCAUGCGGAGCCACCGGCGUGCAAUGGUGGGCGUGGUCCCAUCUCUUCCCGAAGGGUGUGCCGUUGAGCUUCUGUCAAGGAGAAUUGCUGUUGCGAUGGGAAGCCGGGAGAUCUUGAAACUUUUCAAGUCUUUGCAUAGGACAAGGCAAAAAGUUUUCAAAAAUGACUCCAAAGCCCUAGAAGCUGUAAGAAUAAAGAUAAAUGAAGAAUUCAGAAAAAAUAAAGAUGAGGCUUCUUCUGAAAGAAUAGCUGAGCUUAUAAAAAUAGGUUCAGAUGUAGAAGUUAUACUCAGAACAUCUGUCAUUCAAGGUGUUCAUGUGGACACCAGCAAACUCUUGAUUAUUCCAAGAAAAGAAGUGCUGCUGGACAACCUGCCUUUCUGCGAUGCACCAAAACAGAAGUCAUGAAUUGGAGAGAAUAAGGCUUCAUGUUAAUUGUGCCAUGUGAUUUCUUGGUUUGCAAACUAAGAUUGCAGACUAAGAUUUCCUGUAAUAUCACUCUACACAAAGUCUUUUAAAAUGAAUAUUUAUUGUAUUUGUCUUCGGACUAAAAGCAGAAUAUACUCAGUUUUGUUGGUGGAUACUGGAAAAUACUUUGGUUUAUUAUUUUUGGAUUUGAGGCAACAUAUUUUGAGUAGAUCAAAACUAUUUUCAUGCCUUUCUAUAACAUGAAUAUCUUCAUUGGAGAAAAUACAUUUUUCAUAUGUGCUACAAACAUAUAUUCCCACCACCACUACCAAAAAGGUGCCAAUCCACUGGUAACCUUUAGUUCAGAAUUUUAAAAUGUUUUACUAUUUGGGGGCAGUGAGUUGAAUUUUGAAAUAUAAUUGGGCCUGUGAUUUUGGGGAAAGAGUGACUGAAACAUCCAAAUCAUAAAACUUUGGGUUUUUCUAACUGUCAAUGAAUAUUAAAAGGCACACAAAGUUAUAUAAUUAAAACCAGGUUUAUAUAGAUUAUUUUAAGGCGUUAUGCUUGAGGAAAGGAGUGUUGGUAGGAGUAUGUAUAGCCUUCUACAUGUCUAAGAAGUAAAUCCCACUGAAUGCAAUGGGCUAACUUGGGUAAUUUUGGUCAAGUGCAAUCUUGCUUUUAUUCUUUUGUGCAUUUCAUUUCAAAUGCUAAGGCCUGUAAAUAAAGGAAUUCAUUCAAUGGGGCUUACUCUCAGGUAAAUGGGUAUAGGAUAGCUGGCUAUGUCAACCCCACUCCUCCUACCCCACGCUCAUGUUCUCAUCAUAACAGAAGCUAAGCCUGAGGCUGUACGCAGUUGAACUUUUCUGUAUGGCUUCAGGAGUGACUUGUCCCCAUGGCAUUAAUGCUUAUCAACAUCAGUGGCAUGAUAACUGUGUAAAUAUAAUGGAAAGGGACGGAUCCUUUGAGCAAGAAAGCCUUUUUCCUAAUACAAUGCCUCUUCUGAACGGAGAGAAAAAUAUCCCCCCAAAAGGGGGAAGGAUUUGGCACAAGACUAGUUUUGACACUGAAUUGAUGAGGUCUUUUAUAUUUACUAACAGUGCAAUUCUAUGUAUGAAGUGCGACUGAGUUUAAUGGGUAUUAUUCCCAGGUAAAUAUGUACAGGAUUGCAGCCUAAACCUAUUUCCCCCCUUAAAUAUGCUCUUUGGAUUUAAUGUUUUAGUAUCUGUCCACAAAGGUGAUUGGGCAAACAUUUAUAAAUCUUAGAGGAGCCACAGCAGAUGGUGCUCUUUAUGUAAAUUAAGGAAACACGCUUUUAAAUAAGUUCAGAACUGCAUCCAAUGUGUAUUUUGUAUUCAAAUUACUGCCUUUAAUUCAAAUACAUGUUUUGUUAAAUACAGUUUUGUCCAUCUGUGUUCACUUGAAGCUUGCUCCCAAGUAAAUGCAAGUAAGAUU